CCGCCGUUCGAACGCAGCCAUGGCGGCCGAGGCGGAGACGGCGGUGCCGCUGCCCGAGGAAUGGCGGCUCUACUUCGUCCUCACCCGCGCCAACACCUUCCGCAGCUGGCCCUUCACCGAGGGCUGCGCCUGCACGCCCGAGCAGAUGGCGGCGGCGGGUUUCCUGCACUGCCCCAGCGAGAACAGCCCCGACGUGGCGCAGUGCUUCUUCUGCCUCAAGGAGCUGGAGGGAUGGGAGCCCGACGACGACCCCCUGAAGGAACACAAGAAACACUCUGUGCACUGUGCUUUACUCUCCCUUCAGAAAGUCCCCACUAACCUGACACUGCAGGAGUUCCUGAAGCUGGACAGGGAACGAAUGAAAAAUGUACUGAAAAAAGAAAUUGCUCAGAAGGUGACCGAGGUUGAAGAUAUAGCCAAGAGCGUGCGCCGUGAAAUAGAGAAUCUGGGCUCCUAGGCUCUACUGUAGCUUCUCACUUACUGGUGACGUUUGUCUUGUACAUGUGCUCUGGCGCUGCCCCUUUGACUAAAGGACUGCGUUUCCCGAGACUGCUUUCGGAACGGCCGUCAUUGUGAGAAUCAGACUGAAUUCUCCACUCGCCUGAGUCUGUUGGGGAAGUAAAGGGGGUUUGAUGCACUGCGUACAUAAUCUUUUUUUUUUUUCUGCAAGGAUUCUCAUGUUCUUCCUGUUGGUUUAAUUAAGGAUUACUACUUGUGGCUUUACUUGUUCUGUUUUUUUUUUUAAACCUAGCUGUUUCCAUUUUGGAGACGCUGGUAGCUCUGGUGCAAAAACUUGUGUUUCUUCCAAGAGCUGGCAGGCACUUCUAUUUUUAUACUGAAUAUACCAAUGCUUUUGGAUAGUUUUGGAAAUAAAAAGGGUUUUAAAACUCCUUUAGGGACUUAGGAUUGUGGCUAAUAAUGUCUAAUUACACCAAAUCUUAGUGUGCCUGGUGCCCUUGUAAG